AAUAAAAAUGGGUAAAUGAAGUAAAUUACAAGAUGAAAAAAAUGCUAUAAUUAUGAGAAUCUUUAGAUUCUUGUAAUCUUCUUCUCUUUUAUAUAUGAUUUCUCCAUCAACAUUGAAGAAACAUUUAGGGUUACUAGGUUGUGCCGCCAUCAAAUCUUCCAUCUCUUAAAAUUAGACACCAAAAUCGAACAUGGAGAAGGGAUUUUUUAAGGUUUAUUCCACAGAAACCAGUGCAAAACAGUUGAAAAUUCCUCCAGGUUUUAGGGAUUACAAGAAUGGAAAGUUACCUAAGAGGGUCUCCCUAAGGGAUCGACUUGGCCAUAUAUGGUCUAUGCGAGUGGCAAAAAUAGGAAGAGAAAUUUAUUUUCAGUAUGGAUGGCCGAAAUUCGUCAAGGACAACAAGUUAAAGCAUGGUGACUUUCUAAUUUUUGACUAUGAUGGAAAUAAAAUAUUUAAUAUCAAGAUACUUGGAUCUAAUGGGUAUGAAAAGAAAGAGGAUGGAUGUUUAAAAUUGGGUGUGUUGGAGGAAUCAGAAGAAAUGAAUAUUGAACAUCAAAAGUGCGUAGAGCCAAAAGGAAAGAAUUGGGCUAGAUAUAGCAACAGUAGUUCUUAUUCUAAUCGUAGUGAUAAGGAUUCCUUGAAGGAUGGGGAUAAGGAAUACGAUCAGACCAAAAAGAUGCGAUGUUCAAAAUGGAAGGACGUGCAAGAGGAAGAAGUUUAUGAAGAGGAGGAUGAAUUUGAGGAAGAAGAGGAGGAAGAUAAAGAAGAGACUAAAAAGGUGACACAUUCCAAACGCAAGCAUGUGGAAGAGGAAGGAUAUCUUGAUUAUGAUGAUGAUCAGGAGGAGGAGGGAGAAGAGACUGAGGAGGAGGAAGUGAACGAGAGGUCUGGCACAUUUAAUAACAAGGAGUCACGUUUAAAAGAAAAAAUGACAUCUUUGUAUAGUUGUAUAUGA